AUGUCAACUAAGAGGAAGAAAUUUUCGGAUUUGACCUCAAAGCAAAAACGCGCACGGGUACAAAGGAUAAAUUGUAGACGAGGAUCACCUAACACUUCUGAUACUGAGGAAAGUUCAGGGGAAUCUACAUGCCAUAAUGACUCCUUCAUUACCAACGAAUUGCGACCAGUCGUCCUUAAUAGAGGUAACGAUGGAGCAGAAGAAGUCAGCGUCCGACUUGAUGAACAAAGACAAUUCGAACCCAACGAAAAUGUACCUGACGUGCAUGAAGAAAUAGUGAUUAAUAAUGUAGAGGGUAAUGAAAACGAGAUUGUCAAUCCCGUGCUUAACUUAGCCGUAGAAGGAAGAAGAGUAUUAAAAAACUAUUGUUUAGACGCAGGCCUUAAUCAUGUUCAGCAGAAAAAACUUUUGAAAACAUUAAGAAACCGCCCAUUUUACAUGCAUUAUUUACCUAAUGACUCGAGAACUUUGCAAAGUACACCUUCUAUUGUAGUAAGAAACGUUAUUUUGAAAACAGCUGGUGGAGAAUAUCUUCAUCUUGGUUUUAAACAUCUUCUCGAAAAUAAAUUGCUGUCUUUACCCAACAAUGUUUUGCCAGAAUUUCUGGAGGUUGAUAUCAGCACAGAUGGUGGUCAGUUGUAUAGGUCAGGUGGACUUCAGUUUUGGCCCCUACAAUUUCGCGUUGUUAACAUUAAGGUUUUCAAACCUAUGAUAGCUGGUGUUUAUGUUGGUAAAAAAAAGCCUUCAAACUCGUUUGACCUUUUUGAACAACUUGUUGCGGAAUUCAUGGAAGUUUUUGAUAACGGUGGUUUGCGUAUCAGAAACCGGACAAUUCCUCUACACAUCAGGUGUUUCAUUGGGGAUGCUCCAGCACGUUCUUUCGUUUUAAAUCACAAAGGUCACUCGUCCGCCAAUCCCUGUUCGAAAUGCAAAGUAGUAGGUUAUCGUUGCACUGUUCCUGGCUUCGAAUCAACUAUGGUCUUUCCUGGCGUCAGACAUGAACGAAGAACAGAUGAGGAGUAUCGUGCAAUGCUAGAUGACGACCAUCACAAGGGUCCCUCUCCUCUCUCGCCAUUUAUUGGGCUUGUUUCGAGAGUGCCUUUUGAAGGGAUGCAUUUAGUAUAUCUUGGUGUGCUUAAAAGAAAACUCGAAGCUCUGUUGCAUGGAAAAUUUGGUCAACGCAGAUUAAAUGGAAGGAAAGUUACAAUUAUAGAUUCGCGUCUUCAUUUGCUGGAGGACUACUGUCCGUCCGAAUUUAAUCGUAAGCUUGGUCCAUUGUCCCAAUUCAAUCAAUAUAAAGCUACCCAGUACAGGCAAUUAUUGCUAUAUGGAGCUCCGGCUGUCCUUCGCAAUAUUUUAAACGAAGAACAGUACGCGAAUAUGAUGCUCUUACACUCAAUAAUUCGUUUUCUCAGUUUUGAACAUCAAUCACCUGAAGUUUUGGAUUUUUGUCAAGUGGCAGUUAAAACGUACGUCAGUAUUUGCGAAGACUUGUAUGGCCAACAAUUUAUUUCAUAUAACAUCCAUGCACUUCUCCACGUUGUUGAUGAUGUCAGGGAACUUGGGCCACUGGAUUCAUUCAGCGCAUUCUGUUAUGAAAAUAAUAUGCCAAGCGUUAGAAAGUUGAGCACUGCCAGACCACGUGGGGCUUUAGAACAACUUCAUAAUAGAAUCAAAGAGCGUUCUAGUCUUGUUGAUCCCGGAAAUGAUGUAGAAGGUAUUAUUACUUCAGGAAAGCAUGUUCAAGGUCCUCUUUUUGAAAACUUUACCGCUAAAAAUUGUGAGCAAUUUAAGACUAUUAGGAUUGGAACUACAAUCCUGUCAAAAUCAUUAAGAGAUUGUUGUUGCAUGCUUCGAAAUUCAGAUAUUUGUAUUAUCAGAAAUAUACUGCGGUUUGACGACAACAUAGUUCUGCUCGUGAAUAAAUUUAGAGACAAAAGUUCCAUCUUCAACGUUGGAUAUUCAUCCGAUGCUGUUGGGGUUUAUUUAUGUCGACAGCUCUCAGAGACACUUUCUAAAAUGCCUUUGCGGGAAGUAAGGAGAAAAUGCUAUUUUAUGCCGAAAUGGAGUAGUGUUGAGGGCGAAGAAGAAAAUGUCGUCCAAAACCAAUAUGUGUGUGUUACAUUUAUCACUCCUGUUGAGUUUCCGAGGCUGUGA